CGUUCUCUACAAGAGCAAAACAAUACAUCAAGGACGACACGGAACUUGCAUGAAAGGUUGUAAGAGAUYCACAUUGAUUACGGUGCUGCCUCGACACUAGACAGUAAUUUGCAUUCCUGCCAUGAAACUUUUCAGGUCCUACAAAGGUCGGAAAACCGAGGAAGAGGACCCAGUCCAAGCCACCAUUGGCGACAUCGACGAUGAGUCGAACUAUCCAUACGAAGACGAGGUGAAGGCGGCAGCCGAGAUGGAAAGCAUUCUUGGAAAUGCUGUCUCCAUCACGGAACGCAACCACGGCAGCCUCCUCAGCCUGAGAUCCAGAACCUUUGACAGCCUGGGUUCGCAAGAAGAWCUCUCGUUCUCCGACGGGCAGCUUCAAGAGAACGAUUCCCACAGCUAUGUUUCUAGAUCCUCCUCGCUCCAGAGCGCGGCUUCCGUGACCACCUUCGUCAAGGUCGACAGGGGAGAUCCCGYGACGCUGACGCGGAAAUUCUGGGAGGCCAUGCUGGCCGGGGAACAAAACCACGGUGUGCCGGACGACKUGGAAUUCGCGAACGACCCGUCGGCGUCUCUGAAGAAAGUCCGCUCCUGGAGCAAGCUGCGGCAAGAAAUCAAGGGGGAAGAGCGAUCGCUGAGAGCGACGACGCGAACGAUCGAGGGAAAAGAAAACACGGCACUUUCGCGCUCGAUGUCCAUGGGAAGAAAGGGUCUGAGCUCGCUGAAGAAAAAUCUCAAAGAAUCUAGCAGAUGCAUCAGCAAGUCCCAGAAAGAAGUAUCAAGAAGCUUGGCUUCGAAAAUGCAAAAAUACCGCGGGGAAGAUCAGGAUCCUCCCAUUCGAACUAGGUGUGCAAAAGACUACGACGUAGAGGUCUCGCUGCAAGAGCAGAAAAGCUUCUGGAACAGAAAAUCAUCUAGACCCAGGGAAGAAUUCAGGAGUACCAGAUCGUCUCGCGUUUUGAAAUCAAAGCGUCGCCAGGACGACGGUGCCGAUUGCAACCGGAGGAACGGAUCCGGUGAAUUCGCGAACGACUCCUGUGGCACACCCGUAACCGYCGGCGCAACCGAUGAUCUCUCAACCGAUGUGCAUGAAAUCAAGUACGAGGUGACGGAWCAAAACCCAAACGUAGUUGUCGUACCCACGGCCGAUGUCCUGUUUKAAUCCCUGGAAGUUAUUUGCUGCCAUCAAACCGACACUYUGGACAGGAUUACCGCAGCAUUGCCUCCCCAUAUAUAAACACAAAGGAAGGCGUGUUUAUUACGAGUACGUAUGAUUCGCACACAAUUUUUCGCUCCAAAUAAGAGAAAAAUAUCGAUGGCUGCUAUUCAUAUCUUCGAAACAAGGUAUUGUCUGCUCGUUGCAUACGUUUCUAUAUCGUGGGCAUCCAUCAAGCGAAGCAAUCCUAAACCAAAGACAGGGAGUGGGGCAACACUGCACUAAACACCACCGAGUGUAACUGCAUCGCAAAACGAACGAGUCAUUUCUACAUCCUUCUACAUCAAGCYUUUAUGUGAACCAGUUUAUUCUACGAUACCGACGAGGACAGUAGAAAGAGUUCGUUUUGCGUUGGGAAGUUUGGAAAUGCAAAACAAUAUAUUAGAAAUAGGGUUUAUUAGAUGACAACAAUUUCAGCACGCUUGUUCCUCUSUUACAUUCUUAUCGACGAAGUACUGAACCAAGUUGUGGAAGGAAUAGGUACGAUAUUCCUGCCAAACCAAGGCAAGCCAGGACAUGUUUCAAAAAAGCAGAGUAAGCCAG